AUCCGCCACGGGCCCUCCAAGAUCUUCAUCGCGCCCGUCUCUCCCAAGCCCGCCUUCGAGCCCUGGCUCGACGCCGCCUCCAUGCCCGAUGGCCCCGAGCGCGACGCCGCCAUGGCGCGCAACGACGCCAUCGCCGAGGCCAAGAACGACUUCGAGCGGAAGCGCAACAACACCGCCGCCACCCGCUCUCGCGACCGCAAGCUGCGCGCCGUCACCCACCGCGCCGAGGCCAUCUUCGCCCUGCAGUCGGAGGUAGAGUUCUGGAAGGCCCGGGCCGUGGGGCUCGGCGCCGGGGUGGGCGACUGGGAGGGGCUUGACGAGAAUGUGAAGCGCGAGAUGGUUGCGGACCACCGCUGGGAUGCGCUUGAUUUCAGCAACGACGCGACCGAGGAGGAGAAGCGCUUGGCGAAGCAGGCCAAGGUGGCGGAUGCGGCGGCGAGAUCGAGGAAGGCCGCUUCUCGCAAGAAGAACGGGAAGGGUGUUAAGAGAAAGGCGAAGGACAUGGAGGAGUGA